AUGGCGGAUGCUGGAAUGGUGAACAAUGUGGCCGCAGCCAUGUCAGUUAGCUUGGACUACAACGCUUCCCCUGAAGCUCGUCAGACUGCCUAUUCCUACUUAGAAUCUAUAAAAUCAGGGGAUGUUCGUGUCUUGGGGAGCACAUCAUUUAGUCUUGUUCAGAAAGAAUGGUCUUCUGAGAUUCGGCUGCAGGCUUUUAAAUUGCUUCAGCACUUGGUGCGGUUACGAUGGGAUGAACUGAAUCCUGCAGAAAGAAGGAGCUUUGCAAAUGCUGCGGUGGAUUUGAUGUCUGAAAUCGCAGAUCCUCGUGAGGAAUGGGCAUUGAAGAGUCAGACUGCUGCACUUGUUGCUGAGAUGGUUAGAAGAGAAGGGUUGAGUUUCUGGCUGGAGCUUUUCCCGUCGCUGGUUUCGAUGUCCAACCAGGGUCCAAGCCAAGCAGCGAUAGUGUCAAUGACUCUCAGGUGGCUCCCUGAAGAUAUAAUGAUUCAUAAUGAAGAUUUAGAAGGUGAUAGGCGUAGGCUAUUGUUACGUGGGCUCACGGAAUCUUUGCCUCAAAUCUUACCAUUAUUGUUCAGUUUAUUAGAGAGGCACUUUGGCGCUGCAGUAACUGAAGCUGGCAAGCAGCAAAUGGAUGUUGCAAAACAGCAUGCAUCAACUGUAACAGCUACCCUUAAUGCUGUUAAUGCAUAUGCUGAGUGGGCUCCCUUACCCGAUCUUGCAAAAUACGGAAUAAUUCAUGGCUGUGGCUUUCUGCUCUCUUCCCCUGACUUUCGUCUUCAUGCUGUGGAGUUUUUCAAACUCGUGUCCCAAAGGAAACGGCCUACUGAUGGGAUUUCUGAAUUUGACUCUGCAAUGAGUCAGAUAUUUCAGAUUCUGAUGAACAUCUCAAGUGAUUUCCUUCUCAAAUCUUCCUCUGGUGCUGCUAUUAGUGAGAGUGAGUUUGAAUUCGCAGAAUAUGUCUGUGAGAGCAUGGUCACUCUUGGGUCUUCAAACCUGCAGUGUAUUGCCAGUGAUUCUACAAUCCUUCCGCUCUAUCUUCAACAGAUGCUAGGAUAUUUUCAGCACUAUAAACUGAUUCUCCACUGCAAAUCUCUUCCUUUUUGGCUGACUUUGAUGAGGGAUCUUCUAUCCAAGUCAAAGACUGUUGUGACCGGAGAGCAUUCAACUGACAAUAUUAGCUCAAAUUCUGGAGAGGGCGAUAUUGAGAAGAAAAUGACUUUUUCUUUCUUAAAUGAUGAUCAUUGUAGUGCAAUAUUAGACAUGGGGUUUCGGCGCAUGCUGAGGAAGGAAAAGGUUCAUCCUCAGUCUGCACAUCUGGUUGGCUCAUUUGAGCUAUGGAGUGACGAUUUUGAAGAUCCAGGAGGUUUUAGUAACUACCGUUCACGAUUGAUGGAGCUCAUUCGGUUUGUUGCAUCUUAUAAGCCCCUAACUGCUGCCACUAAGAUUUGUGAGAGAAUUAUUACUAUAAUUAAGAGUCUAUUGCUUGCUCAAGUGCCUGCUCAGGAAUUGCCGAUAAUGGACAGCAUGCAGCCACCACUGGAAAAUGUUGUGAGCACAGUUUUCGACGAGUCAAACGAUUUCUGCUGUACAAAUUCUGAUGAUAAGCUUGCUUUAUGCAGAGUAUUUGAAGGUUUACUUCAGCAACUUCUUGGUUUGAAAUGGACUGAGCCAUCUCUUGUCCAAGCUCUUGGACGCUACUUAGAUGCACUGGGUCCCUUGCUAAAGCACUAUCCAGAUGCUGCCGGAAGCGUAAUCAAUAAACUUUUUGAGCUUUUGACUUCUCUACCUUAUGUGGUCAAGGAUCCUGCAACAAGCACAUCUCGGCAUGCGAGGUUACAGAUUUGUACGUCAUUUAUUCGAAUAGCGAAGGCUGGCGACAAAAGCCUUGUUCCUCAUAUGAAGGGGAUUGCUGACACGAUGGCGUAUUUACAGAAGGAGGGUUCAAUACUUCGUGGAGAGUAUAAUAUUUUAGCUGAAGCAUUUCUAAUCAUGGCAUCUGCUGCUGGGAUUCAACAACAGCAAGAAGUUCUGGCAUAUUUUCUUGAACCUUUAAGUAAACAGUGGACACUUCUAGAUUGGCAAAAUACGUAUUUAUCAGAACCUGCAGGUUUUGUUCGUCUCUGUGCCGAAACAUCUUUUAUGUGGUCUCUCUUCCACACACUAACUUUCUUUGAGAGGGCACUGAAGAGAAGUGGUUUUAGAAAAGGCACUAUAAGUUCUCAAAGCAGUUCAACAGCGACUUCUACAGUAAACCCAAUGGCUUCGCAUAUAUCAUGGAUGCUGCCUCCCCUGCUUAAACUGCUUCGCUGUGUACAUUCUCUUUGGUCUCCACCUGUAGCUCAAGCCCUACCUGCAGAGUUGAAAGGAGCAAUGGUCAUGAGUGAUGUUGAGAAAACCAGUCUCCUUGGGGAAGGAAGCCUAAAACUGCCUAAAACUAAUCCAACGUUUUCUGAUGGCUCUCAGUUUGACUCGCAGAAAGAAGGUUACUCUGAACCUGUGGAGAAAGAUAUAAGGAAUUGGCUAAAAGGGAUCAGAGAGAGUGGGUAUGGUGUGUUGGGUUUGUCAGCUACCAUUGAGGACUCCAUUUUCAAAUGCGUGGAUUUAAAUUCAAUUGCUUUAGCAUUGGUUGAAAAUAUACAGUACAUGGAGUUCAGACAUAUACGGCUGCUCGUUCAUUCAGUGUUGAUUCAGCUAGUGAAAAGCUGUCCUUCAAAUAUGUGGGAUGGAUUGUUGCAAAAGCUCUUGCAUCCAUUACUGUCCCAUGCUCAGCAGACCCUUAGCUGCUCGUGGUCUAGUUUGUUGCAGGAAGGUCGUGCAAAGGUUCCAGAUCUCCUUGGUAUGGAGGGGGGUUCAGACUUAAAAAUAGAAGUGAUGGAGGAAAAGCUUCUUCGAGAUCUGACUCGUGAGGUUUGCUCACUUCUUUCUGUUAUGGCUUCAUCAAGUUUGAAUCCUGGGCUUCCCCUGGAACAGUCUGGACACGCUGGCCGUCUCGAUGUAUCUAAUCGUCAAAGCUUAGAUUUAUUUGCCUCUAGCUCUAUGAUUGGGUUUCUACUGCACCAAAAAAAUCUUGCAUUACCUGCGUUGCAAAUUUGUUUAGAGGCCUUUAGAUGGACUGAUACUGAAGCUGUAACUAAAGUUUCUACAUUCGCUGGAGCUGUUGUUCUUCUAGCCAUUUUGACAAGUGAUGCACAACUACAGGAAUUUGUUUGCCGAAACUUGUUCUCUGCAAUUAUAGAAAGCUUAGCGCUUGAAUCAAAUGCUAUUAUAAGUGCCACCUUAGUUGGCCUGUGCUGUGAAAUCUUCACACACCUCUCCCAGAGAGACCCUGCUCCUAGGGAGAUUUUACUUUCACUUCCUUCUGUUGCACCACAAGACCUGCUUGCAUUUGAAGAAGCCUUGUCAAAAACAAGUAGUACCAGGGAACAGAAGCAGCACAUGAGGAGCUUUCUGUCAUCGGCUACUGGAAACAAGUUAAAAGCACUGGCUACUCAGAAAAGUGUCAAUGUCAUUACAAAUGUGACAUUGAGAUCACGCAACUUGGGUGCAGCUCCAGAAUCCAACCUUGGUGAUGGUGAUGCUAUUGGAUUGGCUGCAUUUUUGUAG